AUGAUUCUCAGGACGAUUUCUCUCUUGAUCUAUGCCGUAGCCGUCCUUGCGGCUCCGGCUUUCCAACCUCCGGAGCAACAGUCUCCGGACAAUUUCGAGGCUGGCUGCUCUUUGCGUUUCUUUCCUUUGCGCCGCGAGUGUGAUGUCUCUCACAACAACGAUACUAUUGCCCGUGUCGGAGACCAACCGUUUGAAGACCCUGUCCUCGAUAUAAGAUACCCCCAAAACAACGAGUGCUGUGCCGACCCCUACGAUGACAACUACAUCAUCGUCGGAGACAAGCGGCUCUGGAACCACAAAGCCAACAUCUUCGCCAGGAAUCACGUCCCCACCCUCUUCUAUCACCAGAACCAGCUCUUCAAGGACAACCUCCAAAAUAAUCACCACAAGCAGCAGGAAAACAACUUCAACGGGGACGACAACUUCAACGGGGACGACAACUUCAACGGGGACGACAACUUCAACGGGGACGACAACUUCAACGGGGACAACAACUUCAUCAGGGAAAACAACUUCAACAGGGACAACAACUUCAACGGGGACGACAACUUCAACCGGGACGACGACUUCAACAGGGAAAACAACUUCAACCGGGACGACGACUUCAACCGGGACAACGACUUCAACAGGAACAACAUCCUCAACCGGGACGACGACUUCAACAGGGAAAACAACUUCAACCGGGACGACAACUUCGACAGGAACAACAUCCUCCUCGGCCUCCACUAA